AGUUAAUUGUUCUCAUUCAACACACGAUUUUUAAUUAAUUAUCUUGAUUAGUGAAUUAUAAUUUAAUCAGUUGAAUGUUUCAUCGAAAUUUGGUUUGAUUUUCUUUUUAACAACUCAAUUUAUUUCUCUGUUGGUUUAGUUGUUUCUCUCUUUUCUCUCUCUUGUUUUCUAUCUCCUCUCACUCUAAUCAUCUGUUACUCAUUCUUUGUGUUGAUUCUGAUCAAUGAUACAAUUACCAUGAUGUUUAUUUAAUUGACCAAAUAAGUACAACUACAAUGUGUUGAUUACAUGAUAAGUGGCGAUAAGUUGAAACUGAAUCUAUCCUCUUAAUGACCUUUUCUAAUCAGUUGAUUUCUUUAUAUUCAGAUCUUUUCGGUAAAUUUGCUGCUAUUAUUGAAUUUCUGUUGACAAUUAAAUGUAGUGAUAGUUUUUCAAUUACUCAACGUUUUCUUGGUUCUUGUGAUUCUCAAUGAUUUUGGUUUUACCAACUUGAUGUAAAGGAUACAUAAUAUUUUUUUAUGUACCAAUUGACUUGGUUCCAAGAGGAAGGAAGGAAACAAAAUUUGACUGUUAAUCCUUUCCCAGUCUCACCUUGAUUGAUUAUUAUUGUAAUCGCCAUCAACUCGAAUUUGUUUGAUUCGAUUUACAAUCGCUUGUAAUUUGGUACCGAUGACCCAGGCCGCUUAUAUCGUCUCGGAAAGUACUGACUGUGAAACUAUCAAGUGUGGCCUUGAAACGGAAAUUUCAAUGAAACAAGAUCUUGAAGAUCAUUCUCAUUGUGAUAAUUGUAUCAAAAUCACCAAGUGUCGUUAUAAAAAUACUCGAGAUGCUGCCUGUCCAAUUGUCUAUUGUAUUGAAGGUUGUGGAUUCAAAUUUCAUCGGUGUAAAUCUGAUGAACAUAAACUCCUUUGUGCAAAUGAAAAGAUUCUUUGUAUUAAUCACAGUUUCGGUUGUCCUACUUUUCUACCUCGUAAAGACUUGACCAAACACAUAUCAUGCUGUCCAGCGAGUGUCAUUCAUUGUUAUAUUGAAUGGAAUCGAUGGCCAAUCUAUACUCGAGAUCGUAAAUUAACUCAACCUCUAGUUACCUAUUCUCUUAGCAAUCAACAUUUAGAUGUAGCGUUGACCCUUCGUGACCAGCGAAUGCUCGAAGAACUUUGGACAGCGACACGUAAAACCCGAUGUACACUUCGAAAUAGUUUAACUCGUAAAUAUCCGGCUGUUCCUUUAAAGCCUUAUUGUGGUGCUCAUAUUCACGAACCCAAGGAAAACGGAGUUCCGACCGGUUCAUCAUCCGCCUCAUCCUUAAUCACACCACAAACAGUUUCCGAUGACGAUAGCGAUUCAUCCCCAUGGCAAAUGACCAAAUCACCUCCUGGUUUACAGAGUAGUGUCUGUGCCCGUCUAAAUGGUAGAUCAUUUUCUCACCUUAAUCACAAUAACAAUAAUCAUCAUCAUCAUCACCAUGAAAAUAAUUCUCAACAUAAUCACUUUAACCAUAAUCACCACCAUCAUGAUAACCAUUUAUUACAAACUCACAAUUCCCACCAUCACCUUAAUAACAAUCCAGUUAUAAAUUCUAAUCAUCAUAAUCAUCACAAUUUAUCCGGCAAUCAAGAAAACUCACCAGUGGACUCUCUUUCAGAUAGAUUGGCGUUUAUUUCGGCAAAGGAUAAACUUACUGACUGUGAUAAGAAAUUACGUCCAUCAGCUGAAGAUAAAUUAUCAACCAAUGGAUUUAUACCUAAACCACCAAUUCUACCCAAUAAUACAUCGCUAAGUUUAGAUUUAAAUCUAAAUUCGAUUGCACAAUUUCAGGCUAAACCUAAACUCAUGUAUACCUUUAAAUGUGCCCAAGAGUUUCGUCGUGACGAGUAUGGAUCUCAUUAUAAAAACUUUCAUGGUGACAUUUUGGGUUCGAUUAAUGGUUGGAUGGAGCAUCGAUGUCCUUUGUGGCAAUAUGGCUGUAAUUUUGUCCAAAGGCGGAUUCACCCGUUUCCCGAAGGAACCAGAAUCACCUUCAACCCGAUAGUCGAAAGUUUUGGCCACGUUAUGAGUCCAAAUUGUGAUAAGAUCGAUGAAUCGAGUGAUAUUUCCCUUCUUAAUCUUCCCUACGAAAUUCUACGUCAAAUUUGUUUCUCUUUGGACGGAUUUAGUCUUAAUAAUCUAUCGAUGACCUGUAGUCGAAUGCGAGAAAUAUGUUCAACGCUCUUAGAGAAACGAGGUGUCGUUAUACUUCAAUGGGAACGACGAGUGUCGACCACUGAUUCAACUCUUCGUUGGGUCGUUGGUUCAAAGAAAUGGGCUUUUAGUACCAAUUUUACCGAAAUUAAAAACUGGUACUUCGAUAGUAAACAUGAUGUUCUUAAUCACAUAAAACAUUGUCCACACUACGAAAUAAUUAAACGAACUGAGCCAAUUGCUUUACCAGCCAUGAAAAAUGAAGAUGUCACAAAGAAACAAUCAAGUUAAUUGUCUUUAACUAAAUUAAUGGAGACACAAAUUUACUCACUCAAUAUUUUCUUCCAAUUCAAUCGAUUAUUUUAAUAACUAUUAAUUUCUCUCAUAAAACUAAUUCAGAUUCUCAACUUUAAUCAACGGUGAUACAAAUUAAUUCUCAUACAAUCUGAUUUAAAACUAUAAACUACACAAUUUAUUUUCUUCUCAGUCACAAUUAACUUAUUGUUUUUUGUUUCCUGGUACAAAUCAACAAGUCAACUCAAUCAAUUUGCUAUUAAUCUUUCCCAGUUGUCAAUGAAAUCAAUUGAAUUAAUUGUAUCUAAUUGCCAAACGGACUCCAUGUAAUAAUGAUGAUUGAAAUCUAAUCGUAAUUAACUUCUGAUGACAAUGAAACAAAUCAACAGAAACUAAUUAAUCUUAGAAACUCAAAGUCUCUCUCCUAAUCUCUAAUCAGAUUCUUAUAUUAUCUUAAUUGUUGAAUAAUUACAUUAAUCUCAAUGUAAUAAUAAUAAUCUACUCAAAUUAACCGAAUUAGAGAGAAAGAGACAAAAGUAAUUAAAAGUUCUAAUUUUAAUUAUUUCAAUUAAUCAAAUGCUCGAAACAAAAGUUUUAUCGACUUUGUUUCAAAUCUAAAUAAAAAAUCGUCGACCUUUCAAAUUAAAA